UUUAAAAUGGAUUCAUUUAGACUCAGCCUAAGGGAAGAGUUUGAGCUACUCAAGAAAGAUCUCAAAAAGCAUCAUCUCAAAAUUGCUAUCGACAUGCCUUUUAACAACAAGGAAAAAUUAGGAGAUGAGCUAUGUAAGAAAGACUUUGAACAAUUGCUAAAUCCUAUCGGGUUGAUUAUUACAGUCAAAGCCCAUAAGUUAUUUUUCAGAGCAGUAUCAUGCCUACAGAAGAUUGCCAUGCUCCCUGAAUCACAUAAGACUGAAAACACACUACUGAGUUUACAGCUAAUCUUGCCUAUGUGUCAAGAUGACGAUAUAGAGGAGAUGGUUCAGAUUAAGAUGUUGCAAACUUUGAUGCUGUUCUUAUAGAUCCUAAAAAUGUAAAGAUCGACAGACAAGUAUUGAAAUUGAUUUUAGUUUGUAUUUUCAAACUGUAUGAGACCACUAGUAAUCUGGUGAAAAAUACAGCUCUAGCAACUUUGAGACAACUGUUUUCAAUCAUUUUUGAAAACCUAUACAUCGCUAGCCCAAACCAAGAGUCUUCUGAGCUCUAUGAAACCGCAAAAGAACUAAUAGAGGGUCUGUAUUGUAAUUUUGAUGGAGAAUAUGAGAAUAACCCAAACUGGCCGCUUGUGAACAAUUAUGAGAAUAAAUUGCUAGCUCUAGAUUUAUACUGAUUAUGAUUUCAGUCUGCAAAAGAGAAUUUGAAUAAAUUCACCGAAUUCAUAGACUUUAUCAACGAUUUCUUAGUCCCUGUCUUGCAAGGGUACCUGAAGGACCUUGAUGAUUAUAAAUUCGGAAUUAGGCUAAUAAGGCUGUUUAACUUUAUGAUCCAAUAUUUACAGAUUGGAUUACACCCACUGAUGGAGUUUAUGUCAAACUCCUUGGAUGCUAAGCCAUGGAUCAAAAGAGUAGCCUUUGAAUUAUUCAGUACUCUUUUGACUAAUCCCCAAAUCGUGAAGAAGAUUUGGGACGAUAAAGAACUUCUUGGACACCUUGAAAUCUGCUUAAUAUCUAUUCAGAAUUUUCUUGAAGCUAAUAAAUAUGAUCUCCAGGGUGAGGAUAGAGUUGAAAACUCUAGAGGGAUUCCAAAAUUCCUAGAUGCCCGUGUCAUUGAAACAGAUAAAGCUGCUGUAAAGAUCAAUGAGAUGAUGAUACUCUCCAUAGAAUCCGUUACAGGGCUUGUUGAAGGGAUAUCCAACUUAUUAUUUCCAAACGGGUUAGACACUACUGCAAGUAUAUCUACCAAUUCUGCAGAAAAUGAGGUGAAUAAUUUCACUAUUCCCUUUUCUGUCAGUAAGUUAAUUCUCAGAAUCCUUGCGAUACUGCUGGAGAAAUCCUUCAGAGAUGUCAGCAUCCAGUCGAUCCUGAAUGCUAUUCAGGUUUAUAUAAACAUAACUGGUAUCAAGGGAAUGAACAAAGAGAGAGACUCCUUUAUUAGAGAGUUGUGAAUAUACUGUGCUUCAUCUUCAAAAAUUAAUGACAAGGAAAUCCUUGCUUGUAAAACUUUGUUUAAUGUUGCCCAUUGAAUGCCUACUCUCUUGGAUGCUGAGGGCUGGAGACUAGUCAUGAGCGCUUGCCACAAGAUAGAAGUCUUCCUUGACAAUAACCUUAAUAGGUCAAAGAGCAAGAGCGGAGUACCUGACUUUUACGAGAUAAGAAAGCAGGUCAGCAAGAAUGCAAUGGAUAAUCCUGUAGUAUCUGAGAAAUAUGAAGAAGAAAAUAAAAAGCAGACUGUUCUAAGUUCCCUACCUUCACAUGAGGUUGUUAGAAGCUUGAAUCCUUCUACAAGGAUUAAUAUUGACUCUAAUCAGGUCUCGAGGUAUUCAAAUCAUAGUAAGGGAAGCUUGACUUCAAGAGAACUACCGAUGUCAAAGAAGAUGUCUUUUAACGACGAGAUUUCUGAUAUUUAUCCAGACUUACAAAUUCUGAGGUCAGCUUUAGAUUCUCUAUUUUCAAGUACUCUCAGUUAUGACAAUAAAGUUCUGUUAAACUUUCUUAAAGGGCUUGGAAAGCUUACCAUAAAUAUGCUCGAAGAGAGUUGUGCUUCAAAGUCAAUUAUUCCUUCAAAGAAAAAAGCAACUGCCAUUUUUGGAAUUGUGAGAAUUCUCGAAGUCUCUCUUAUCAACAUUAGUAGGAUAGAUCUAAUCUGGGACACUGUUAUUAUGAAUGAACUCGCCUUGCUAUCCUCAUGCAAGCAUGAAUGGCUCACAAGUAUCGCAAUGGAAGCCAUAUGUGUGAUUAUUGAAGAACUUUUCGACAAAAGAGUGAGGACAGAGCAGCUGAAGCUUGAAAUGGACUUCGAAGAAGCUUAUGACCAGGAGGAACUUAUUGGAUCACAAAAGACUCUUGAUGAGAAAUGGGUUCAAAAUAUUUUUGAACCUCUUAACAAACAGAUGGAUACAGAUUUCGAUAAGAACAAGAUUAUUAUCUUGAUUUGAUUGAGUAAUAUUCUUCAAAGGCACGGAAACUAUUUUAACAAUGCUCUUUGGGCAAACACAUUAAAGACAAUUCUCAAGGCAGGCACUUCUAAGAAUGUAGAAUGUGUGAACCAAGGUUUCAAAAACUUGAAGCUUAUUGUAGGUGAAUACCUAACUAGGAUGUCUGAGGAUAAUAUUCUACUGCUCAUAGACAUAAUCUAUCAGUUUGUAGACAAUUCAGUAAAUAGCAUCAAUAAUAGACUAACUGCUUCAGGCAUGUUCUGGAGCAUGUCCGAUCAAAUUUCGAAAAAUUUUAAGCAAGGUUUCUUCAAACAAAAGAGUGAUGAUUCUGAUAGCACACCGUAUAAAAUCCUGAAUCCCGGAAAUAUCCUUACAAGCAACGUUGACCAUGAGCUUUUGUGGAAGAAGAUAUUCGAGAAGAUCCAUCAGUUGUGCUCUAGCUCGCAAGUGCAGGUAAAGAGACAUAGUCUGAAAAACCUUGAAAAUAUCUUCAUGAAGCAUGGCUCUUCAAUCUCUACAGGUCUCUGCUUUGAAAUCCUCAAUGAUAGAAUACUUGACUUGCUUAAGAUUAACAUCAGGUGGGGCAAGAUGCAGAAGGAUUUUGAAAACAAAGAACAACACAAUGUUGAUGAAUGGCAAGAGUGAUGUCUCAUGCUCCUCCAAAUUAUAAUCCGUUGGAUUAAGAAAUUCCAAGGGUCCUCUGGGACUGAAGAAGUCAAAGAAACUGAACAAGAUAUUGCAAGUGAAUGUGAAGAAGAAAUCAUGCAAAUUUGGUUGAACACACAAGGAGAAGUGCUAUCACUUUUACAACUCCUUUCAGGAGACAGCCUCGCUGGAAUUUUGAUUUGUAUUGAAGAGGUUUGUAAAACCAAUAUUUCUCUGAUAUUCCAGUCCAAGGAGUGCUCAGAAGGACUUUUGAAAGGCUUCUUAGAAAUGUGUCAAAGAUCCUGUGAAUUCAAUCUGAAAUUCAUGAAGGCAAAGGUCAUGGAGGAGAUUAUAAACAUCUUCAAAAUUAUCUUCGAUGCUUCUAACGAGUCUAGAGUCACUCCAAAGAUGAUACAGAUUGUAUUUGAGUGAAUGAAAACAAUCCUCAUGGCAAUGAAGGAUCAUGAUAAAUCAUUCACUAAUAAGAAUCCUGCAAAGCUAACCUUUGAUGAGAAGAGAAUCUUUGGAUUCAUCGAACAGCUGGGGUAUAACAUUAAGAAUAACGAGUGCCUGUUGGUUGAAAUUAUCAACACGUUUAUGAAAUUCUCUAUAAUAGAUCCUCAUCUUGAGGCUUUUGGCAGGAGAUCUCUAGUCCUAAUCUACAAUUUGAUCCUGCAAGGAAGAAUUACUGAUGAAGAUAUCCUCAAGAAAAUACUGCCUCUUCUAGAAUCAAGGAUAGUGAAAUUCAUGAGCAUUAGAUACAAGGUGGACGAGGCUUUAGCUUUAGCGACAAAUGUUACUGAAAAGCUCCAAGCACCUGAAAAGUCUGGUGAAGAGUCCAAGGAAAACCCAGCUGAAAGCAAAGAAUACAUGAGAUGAUAUCUUUCAUAUGUAUCUGGGUGAGUAUGGUUAAGGAUAAUUUGGUAUAUCCUCAAUCCAAAGCAAUUGAAAGAGGUGUUACUGGACACAGAAACACAGGAAGAAAAAGAUGAAAUUGAUAUCUACCUUGGCUUGAAACAGUUCGCAAUCAUGAAAAGUGACCAGAUUGAUGAAGUUACUGUUUUUACAGAAGAAAUUAAAGAACAGGCUUUCACUAUGAUAAACUCUUUGUUAGAGAGAACGGAUGAAGAAGGGAUUCUUUAUUCAGAAGAAAAAUCCGCUAAUCUAGAUAAAGCACUAAAGAAAGAGGUCUGGAAAACUUCAUUAAAGUUAGAUGAGAAAGUGGCUGAGUUUACCAAUCUCUGUUUAGUCCCUUAUAAAGGAAAUGUAAAUGAUCUAAAGAAUUCAUAAAAUUUCAGAAA